AGGAGUCGUUCCCUUAAAGAGCCGAGGUUUAGCAAACAAGACGGAGACUUUAGAAGAAACUUAAAGCGUGUUUCGUCACAUUUUUUGUACACUUUUUUUUCCAUUCGUUUGAAGACGUUUAAACCUUUUUCGAGUAUUAUUAUUUUAGGUGUUUAUUAAUUUUUUUUUUUCCUGGUACUUUUUUCGUUCUUUGGUUGUAAAGAUGAGGACUCUGUGGUUUUUCUUCCUCGUCGGGCUCUCGGCUGGGUCCAUGAGUGAAAAGCUCUUUGUCUUGUCAGAGUCAGUAGAUGACCUGUACAUAGAAGGCCUACCAUCAGGAGACUCCCCUGUAGAUGAUGAAGGUGGCGAUGACCAUGAUGGAUCGGGCUCAGGAUCCGGAGACUAUUCUUUGUGGACCGUUCGGCCCACAGAAACUUCACCAGCCACAGCAGAGUCUCCUUACACCUCGCCAACCACAGCAAGUGGUCCAGGUCCAGCACUCUCAGCAGAGGAGACAUCUUUCUCCAACAACAGAAACAUGUUACCAGGAGAGGACUCAACAUCCAACUAUCUCGUUGAUACCACCAGUUCUAGUGACAUUCCUUUCAGUGCGUCCACUAAGCCCAACUGGGACAUCUCUGAGAACAGUGUCGAGGACGUCUUGACAAAAAUGGUAGACGUAAACGUUUUUGCUGAUGGAGGACGGCAUGGCAGAAUGAACGAUAUAAACUCUGCAGAGGGGGUGACCUCUGAGAACUUGUGGGAUAGGACAGAUGUGCUCGCAGCUGUGAUUGCAUGUGGAGUGGUUGGGUUCCUGUGUGCCGUUUCCCUCCUCCUACUUCUCGCCUACCGCAUGAAGAAGAAGGACGAAGGGAGCUACGAGCUGGGAGACACCAAACUUUCUGCAACAGCUUAUCGCAAGGCGCCAACCAAGGAGUUCUACGCCUGAACUGGCCCACAGGGACAAUCUGAGGUGGAGUCUGUCUCCUGCCAAUCAGGACUGGACAAAAUUGGAUCUUUGAACAACUGAAGAUGAUUCCUUUUGAUGAAGUUAGAACUCUCUGCUCUCUCUGUAGCACCAUGCAAUUUGUCAUCUGUCCUCUGCCAAGGUUUGAUCUUUUUUUCGCAGUAUAACUUUCAGCUAUUUUCAGAAAGGGUCAUAAGGAAGUGCUCUUGUCUUGCCCUGCCUAACAUGGACUUUGGCAUAAAUAUUCACUUUACAUGUUAUGAGAGGAUUUUUUUUUCUUUGAUAUCAGUGAAUCACAUCUGUUUUAAUGUUAUAAAAUGGUCAAACUUAAACCUCUGAUAACACUGUGCCUUUAGACCUGCCAUUCCUCUCCAAGUUGAACCACACUGUCGUGCAUUGUCCCUUGAAAAAAAACCUGAAGAACUGAACCAGUCCUGCUUCAUUUUCCUGCAUUAAGAAGAUGAAAGAAAUAACAGCUUCGUUGUUUGUUUUUCUCUAGUUGAUUGUUUUUCAUUGAGAUGGUACUACAUAUGCAAAUAGUAUUACAAAGGGUCUUCAGAUUUAGUCAUUUGUCCCUUUGAGGUCAUAUUUGCUCUGCUUGUUAACAACGAUGUCAUGUUUUCUUUACUGUAUCCUUUUUUUUUUGUUAAAAUGAGUAUUUUGCUAAUGAAAAUUAAUGUUGUCUUUUCAAAUGCUGUCCAAUAUUGCUUUGAGAGAUGUUACUCUGCAGGUACAAAUGUGUUU